UCUUGGAUUCUGCUGUAAUAGCGCUAAUAAUAUGAAUGAGAAAUUCCAGUCUAUAAUGGGAGGGGUUUUUCCUAGUACUAUUGUCAAUUCGGAUGGGUUCUCUCUACGACUUCUUCAACGAAAGAAGAACGCGUGAUGCAGGAACUGUCACAUUUUCCUAUAUAGAAUAAAUAUCAAAUAAAAUUGGUAAAUUUAAAUCUCUUUCUUCGACAACGUGUUCAAGAAUUUCAUUCUCGAAAAGUAACUAUCAGUUCUCAACAAAAGAAAGCUUGAAGAAGGAAACGUAGAUAAUCCGUUUAAAGAUAUGAUAUGCGAGGAUUGUCAAGAGAAAGGACACGCGAAUAAAAAGUAUUACAAAUGUAAAUUUUAUAAAGAAGCUUCAGUUGAUGAUGGUAUUUCGCUUGCGUCUUUCAUAUUGAAAUAUUUACUAUGCUAAUGAUAUUUCUAUUGUUAGUUGGAACAUUUAGUGGAACAAAAAGAAAGCAAAGCUCCAGCCUCAAGCAAGCUAAACAGCAAGCCAAGCGACAAAGAGAGGGCACAAACUCAACAGUAAUUUGCAAAAGUUGUCAACAAAGUAAGUGGUCACAGUAUAAUGAAGUGCUUGCAAGAAACCUUGGUUUUCCGUAUAUAGCUUUCACUAGAAAACUUUUGUUGGACUCUAUUGACAAAAGUGAUUACAAAGAGAUACUCAAAAACAAGAUUAUUGUCAGCUCAAGAGAUAUCCACAAUAUUCUACUGUUUGUUAAAUCCCAUGAUUCCAUACCUUACGCUAUUUACACACAACAAUAUUGGCACUCAGUGUGCCAACUGAUCAAUGGAAAGAAAAUAACGAAUAGCGCCAGUACACCGUCAAAUCUCAUAUCAUACUGGGAUGCUUUCAAAGACACAAAUCCAAAUGCUGUGGGGGCCAGCCAAUGUCUCACCGAAGCUUGCAAAGAGCUGGAGACGUGCUACAACAACCAUAUUGUUGAGAAUUUUGAACAACAAUUGUUGUAUUUUUUAAACACGAAUUGCAGAAUUUACUCAUGGUAAAUUGCCACAUCUUGUAU